AUGCCAUCUUGGCUUACACUACUCUCGCUCUACUUACUUUUGACUCUUCAGCUUCCUGCUAAAUGUCUUGCGCAAGACAGUAUCAAGUCGAGCAAUGGAGAUCCGUCAUCUAGCACGACAAGCCAACCGAGCACCACGAGCUCAGCGCAGGGACAGACACAUACUAUCCAAGUUGGACUGGCAGAUCAUAAGUUCAAACCUGAAGUCACAGAAGCCAAGGUCGGUGAUCUGAUCGAAUUCCGCUUCUACCCAGCAAACCACAGCGUGGUCCGCGCCGAAUACGGAUUCCCAUGCAUCCCCUACGAAAUGACCGGCUCCAACAAGCAAGGCUUCUUCGCUGGCUUCCACGCCGUGGACAAAGUGCUCGACGACCCGCCAAACUACACUGUAGCCAUCAACAACACUGACCCGAUAUUCUUCUACUGCUCGGCCCCUGGCUCCUGUCUCAAAUACGGCAUGGUCGGCGCCAUCAAUCCAAACGCCAGCACAAGCAUCAACACGCAGCACCAACGCGCGCUUAACAGCACCUACAUGCUCAACCCAGGCGAGCCGUUCCCCGCUGAGGAGUCACCACUCCCGACGUCUUCGAACCCGCCGUCCUCGCCCGCUGGCCGUACAGGAAAGAAAGGCCUUUCUACCGGUGCGAUCGCAGGCAUCGUGAUGGCGAGUCUAAUCGUCGUUGUGCUCGCCGCGCUACUAUUCUUCUUCUGGGGCAGAACAAAGACGCUGAAAGACGAGGUGGAUCGGAAAGAAAGCACCAUCGCGCGCCGCGUGAGUCCGGAGAGUAGUUCUGCGAUGCUGGAAGUUGGACGACGGGACGGCGGAGGCGGGGGGAUGUAUCAG